AUGAAUGUUCUAUCCUGUUCCAUCAACAAACUAAAUGGGUUAUACGAUAUUUCUGGUGUGGAAGUAGGCCAACAUUUCUAUUGGAAAAUAGGAGGUUUCCAAGUCCACGGCCAAGUACUUAUUACUUCUUGGGUUGUAAUUGCUAUCUUAUUGGGUUCAGCUACUCUAGCUGUUCGGAACCCACAAACCAUUCCAACUAGCGGUCAGAAUUUCUUCGAAUAUGUACUUGAAUUCAUUCGAGAUGUGAGUAAAACUCAAAUUGGAGAAGAAUAUGGUCCCUGGGUUCCUUUUAUUGGAACAAUGUUUCUAUUUAUUUUUGUUUCUAAUUGGUCAGGAGCGCUUUUACCUUGGAAAAUCAUACAAUUACCUCAUGGGGAGUUAGCCGCACCCACGAAUGAUAUAAAUACUACUGUUGCUUUGGCUUUACUCACGUCAGUGGCAUAUUUCUAUGCGGGUAUUAGCAAAAAAGGAUUGGGUUAUUUCGGAAAAUAUAUUCAACCAACCCCAAUCCUUUUACCCAUUAACAUCUUAGAAGAUUUCACAAAACCUUUAUCACUCAGUUUUCGACUUUUCGGAAAUAUAUUAGCUGAUGAAUUAGUAGUUGUUGUUCUUGUUUCUUUAGUACCUUUAGUGGUUCCUAUACCUGUCAUGUUCCUUGGAUUAUUUACAAGUGGUAUUCAAGCUCUGAUUUUUGCAACUUUAGCCGCGGCUUAUAUAGGGGAAUCCAUGGAGGGUCAUCAUUGACUAUUUUUUGAAAUAUUAUUUUUGAGUUUAUCCCAAGGCAACAUAUGCGCGUCUCAAAAAAAUUUAAUCUAAUUAGGAAAUCUAAAUAUAUAACUCACUAUAUACAGAGUAAUAGCAAAAGACAGUAGAGUAGAGAAUUUAAAAAUAAAAAAAGGGUGAUUCGGAUCGGAGAGGGAGGUUUAUUAGGUAUAUUAUACGUAAAAAGUCGUUAUUCUAUAAGUCAACUUUUUUUCGACGCAAAAUUCUCGAAUCCGAUUGAAUCUACGAUCAAUGAAGAAUUGGUUUACGUUAUGGAAGAAAGACAUGUAUAUGUGAUUUAUAUUAAAUAUUGACUAGUUAUAUAUGAACUAAAGAUAUAUUCAAUUUGUCCUACUACUAGUGAAAUUGCCCUACUACUAUAAAUUUGGAUGGAUAUUCCAAUAGAAGUCCUUCCGUAUCCUCUGGGACUGUGAGUUGAAUGAAUAAAUCGAUGAAAUCAAGAAAAAAAUCGAAGAAUUCAAAGAAUGGUUCGGAACAAAGAAAUGGACGGACGAAAGUCGUACGGAUUCGAAAAGACUUUGUCGAUAGGAACUAAAAGAGAUAUCGAAGUAAAGUAGUUUUGAUCCUUGAAUAAGAUUUUUACUUCAAUUUUACAUUUGUAGUGACUUCGACUGGAUGAAUUGUAGCGAUGGAAUGAUUAAGUUAGAAUUCAUCAGCUGACUGUAUCAUUAACCAUUUCUUUUUUUUUGUAUGAGGAACUUAUCAUGAAUCCACUGAUUUCUGCCGCUUCCGUUAUUGCUGCUGGAUUGGCUGUAGGGCUUGCUUCUAUUGGACCUGGAGUUGGUCAAGGUACUGCUGCGGGCCAAGCUGUAGAAGGUAUCGCGAGACAGCCCGAGGCGGAGGGAAAAAUACGAGGUACUUUAUUGCUUAGUCUAGCUUUUAUGGAAGCUUUAACAAUUUAUGGUCUGGUUGUAGCAUUAGCACUUUUAUUUGCGAAUCCUUUUGUUUAAUCUUAUAAAUAAGAAAAAUAGAAUUUUUGCAUAUUGUAUUGCCUUGAACCUGUCAUUUGCUUUUUCGAAUUACACCAAGGUUUCAUUCCGAGAAUUACUUAUUCGUUGAGAAAAUAACCCACGGGAAGGGCUGAUUUGCGGAUGAGGAAUUAGCAUACCCACUCGCUUUCAUCCUUCCCGUUCGUAGUCUAAGGAAACCCCUUUUUAGGUUUUUUAGGAAGGGUUUCAAUAAAGGGGGUAAUUCGCCGUUUAUAAAUCGAAUCUUUUUUGGCUCGAUUUUUAAAUAGUAAAAUUGAGAUAUAUCAAAGGGGGGUAGGGCGAUACAAAAAGAACUCUGUUCUUUUUUUUUUUUUUUAGUCUAUCUAUAAGAGGAGAUCAUAUGAAAAAUGUAACCGAUUCUUUCGUUUCUUUGGGCCACUGGCCGUCCGCCGGGAGUUUCGGGUUUAAUACCGAUAUUUUAGCAACAAAUCUAAUAAAUCUAAGUGUAGUGCUUGGGGUAUUGGUUUUUUUUGGAAAGGGAGUGUGUGCGAGUUGUUUAUUUCAAGAAUAGGCUGGAUCCAACCAGCUGUACUUUUUAUGUUAUAACUAGGAAAGAGAGGUACAUGAUCUCACGAAUGACUUCUGAACAAAGAAAUCAUAUGCAAGAACCAUAGCAUUUCGUGAUUCGUUGGUAAAUCCGCUUUGAUUCUCUAUCAACCAAAAAUGUGGGACCAUUAACAUUAACUAUGGUUAAAGCUAAAUCGUUUGAAGUCCAGACGCAGCAUGGU